AUGGAUAGUUCAGCGGAUAGAAGAGAUAUACAGUUUCUUUAUGAUGGGGAAGUAAUCCCAAUAAAUAUUAGCAGGCACUACUCAAUCCAAGAUAUUGAAAGUUUAUUACAAAACUUAUUCGGCGUUCAAGGCAGACUCCUUGGCUUGAAAGAAGCAGAUACAGGCAUCUUUUAUAUUCCCAGCACUUUCAUGGAAAAUGCCAUCACUUCAAGAAGCAGAAGAUUUGAAGUUGUAUUUGAGAGGAAGACUUCAAAUGCAGCACAAUCAAGUUCAUCUAAUUCUAACCCCAGAGGUGGUCUCAUGAGCAAUUUCAAUCCUUCUCCCUCCCCAAUUUCUCAAAUGUCACAUUCAGGGAUAGAAAGGGGCUUUCAUCUUGACCCAAACCAGUGGAGAGAUGAUAGGACUAACUUGACAUCAACAAGCACUAGAUUGGAAGACCCAAACUCCCAGUAUUUAGAAGGAUGGUCAACUCAGAACUCGAGGAUUCCAACGCCGAAUGAGGAAUACAAAUCAAGAAGGCCAAGAAAUGUAUCUAGCAAUAGAAAUCGUGAGUUGCCAGAUAGCAGGCCUAUUGAUUUCUUAGAUGAGAUCGAGAGAAUGGGUUUUAAUAGGCCAAACGAGCUAAAUUCAAUGUUAAUGCCAAGAGGGGAUAUUGAAGGUGGGGAAACACAGAGAGCUCAAAACUUGAUCAGACAAAGAUUGACAGAUAGAUUUAGAUAUGAUAUGGAGAGACCAAUGUCCCCAUUCCCUAGAAAAGACAAGCUUAUGAACUAUGUCAACUCUUUAGCCACAUUUUAUAUUCAAGAUAAAGAAGAUGUAGAGUUAUUACAGAAAUUAAUCCAAAAAGAAGACGAAUUUGUGAUGGCAGCUUUUGAUCUAUUCGAGUCAGAUAAAGACCAAGAGAACUUACUUGAUACCCUCAUUAGAAUCGUCAGGUUAGCUAAAGCUAAAAGAGAUACAAACUUAGUUUCCCUUUCAACUACAGGGCCUGGAUUUAGUGAACCUAUAAUUCAGAACGAGGAUAAUUCAAGAUAUAUGACCGCUUCAUUUGGACCAUCUAGCACUCAUCAGCCUACUCAAGGUUUUCCAGAGCAGAGUUCUUCAAGUUCUUCUGAAUCAGAAUCAUCUUCAGAGUCAGACCAAGACUCUUCAGAUUGUGAUAGAGAGGAGAGAGAAGAGACUAAGGUAAAUAUCGGAAUGAUGGGAAGAAGAGAACCAUCGGGAUUCAGUGAUACAAUGAAUCAAAGAUUCCCAGAGUUGAGCAAUAACCCUUCAUUUUCUCCAGAAUUUGCUGUUGAUAGAGUGCAAACAUCUCAUGGAAGACAAAGAGGAAAACUUGGAGGAAAGAGACAAGGCACAGGAGAUCUAGAGCAGGUUGAUGUUUAUACUCUAAUUUCCAAUAACAUUCAACUUAAAAGAGAGUUGGACGACGAGGCGCAAGGCUUUGCUCUACAUCUAGCAAAUCAGAAAGAUUUUGAUUUGAUAAAACUGUGCAUCGACUACACCAAAACUCAAGACAUUAAUACUUUUGUAAAAGAAGUAUCAGAGUAUGUUAACAACCAUGCUAAUAACUUCUACUCUGAUGAGUUUUCAGAGGAUGAAUUAUCAAGACUCAAAAGAGAGAACGAUCUUGGUCAUUUAGAUUCGAUCUUUGCUUCAUUUGGCAAGUCUGGAAAUGUAGGCAUGUAUAAGAACAAUCUUUUGCAGGCCAUCAAGAAGAGAUCUGGAAAUACCAUUAUGUCAACUUUGCAAUCAUCUGUUAGAAGGAAUAUAGAGAUUCCAAGGCCAACUCAGAGAAGAAAUAUCAUAAAUCAUCACAGUAUCGAGUCUAUCAGAAGCAUAUUUGUGUUGAUUCAAAAUUUAGAAUUCCUUAAUUUGGAGCAGAAGAGAAUGGUUCAAACCCUUGCAUCUGCACAUGAUGAAAAACUUAUUGCUAUUGCUGAUGUAUAUCUGACUACUUAUGAUAUGGAAGAUCUCAGGGAAAACGUGGAGAUAUUGCUAAAAGCAAGCUUUAAUGGAAAUAAUGGCAGAUCCCAUAGAAAAUCAUCUGGGCAAAAAACUUUAGAAGAGAUGCUAGCAAUUAUGGGAAGAGAAGGAGAGAUCACUAAUACUGAGAAAGGAAAGUUACUGGCUCUCUAUCAACACAACGAUCCAAGAGUUUUGGCUAUAAAUGAUAACUACAGAUAUAAUCAUGAUGAGACAGAGUUUAGAGAGUCGAUACAGUUGAUUGCUACUGCUAUAUCUAUUAAUCAUAACAAUCAAAGACAGGUCGCCAAUAAGAGGUCUUCUAGAAGAAGCAUCUCCCCACGUGAAUUAAUCAAUCCUAAAAUGGCAGAAAGUGAGAGCGAAGAGUACGAAGAGGAGGAAGAAGAAGAGGAAUAUGAAGAAGAAUAUGACUCUAAUGAUCAAAUUGAAGGUGAAGAAAUCGGAGUUAACGAUGAAAACGUCAAGAAUACUUUCAUUGAGCAACAGCAUAGGAUCAUCAAGAAGUUUUGCCUCAAUGCUAAGAUUCCAAUCACUGAUGGAGCUAAAUUCCAUCAAAUGAUCAAAGAGUAUAAUCAGAAGAUUAUCAGCGCUUUUGAAGUAUUUGCUCUGAACAGAAACGAAGAUGACUUUUUGGAGAACCUCAUGGUUAUUGCUGAUGUUACAAGAACUCCAGGAGAAACGGAAUCCCCACAUGGUAAAAGAAUGUCUCCAAUGACCUCAGAAGAUGAUACAGAGGAAAAUGAAGGAGAAGAGGAAGAGCAAAAGCUCUUUGACUUGGAAGUAAUGCAGAAAGAAAGUGAAAGCGAAGAAGCGGAAGACGAAGAAUCAAAACUUCUCGGAAGAAAUGGAUUAAGCAAUGGACAUGCGACUCCAAAGAUUAGUAUUCAAGUCCCUUAUACUGUUGAUGAGAUGAACAAAUUUAAAAAUGAUCUAGAAGAUUUCAAGGAAGACCUAAGCCAAGUAGAGUAUGAUGCACUUAGAAACCUUGUGACUGUUCAGAAUAAUCAAGAAAUUGCUACAAUCAUGCAAAGUAUGCCAAAGGCAACUGUUGUUUCUACUCUUGAAACAUAUAGUUUCUCAAAAGAUAAGGAAGAAGCUCUUGAUACUUUCAAACUUUUCCUUGAAUUGAGUCAAAGAUAACUACUUACUCCAAUGUUGAAACA